AUGUCACAGAGGGGACCUGCACCUCACACUACCACGCAAGCACCAACGCAGUCACCGCCUCGAGCUCCUUUCAGCUCCCAGCGGAGUCCUCAAGCCCGAGACAGCCCGGGGUCUCAAGAUGCUGUCACGACCCCCGCAGCUAGCGAGAGACAUCUUUAUGGCCCACGAUCAUUGGGCAUCAAGGGACUGAUCAACGAAGCGCAAUCGGAGGGCUCCGCUGGCGAAUCAUCACAACCCCGAGGAUCCGAUGCUCAAACCUCGCCUUUUGGUAUGCCUCCGAGGCAGUACGGCACACCUGGCGAUCGUCAGUACACAUACCAGAGCCACGGUCCUUUGGGGUCCCAGCCCGUCACACCAGCCGGCCAUCCGGCAACGACGCCUCUCGGCUACACACCGUCGGAACACAACUCGCCCAAGACCGGUUUCCCCUUUCCCUCCAUGGGUGCUCCAAGGCAGAUUCUGAGCCCAAGAGAGACCCGCGCUGCGAGUAUGAGCCAGGCGAGCAUGAGGGGCCACGAGCCACACCAAACCCAUUUUAUGCCUCCGCGGGCAAAGCGGCCCUACCCGGGCGACGACGGACCCUCGGAGCCUCUUCGUACAGCUGCCGGCCACCCGUUCUCUGGUCCACCGGCCCAUGGUCCUCCAUCAGCAGGAAUGGGGCCGCUGACAACGCCAUCACGGACCAUGUCCCAGCCCAUGAUUGGACACAUGCCGUCCGGAAAUCCCGAACGACCCCAGCUGCCUCCCAUGGCACGAGACCCUCACGGCAGGGGACCCGAGUAUCCAGGUCAGCCGAUGUUGCCUCCCGGCCAAGGUUUCCCUCCCCCACAAUCGCCCGGCGUUCCCGUCUGGUCCACCCCUGGCGCCGGAACGUCUCUAUACCAAAGCCUGCGGUCUGACGUGACGAAGGCGGAAGGUGGAAUGGUAGUCAGACUUCCGGGAGAGGAGGGCGGCAUUCUCAUACCAGUGGACGUUCACCAGGCCUCGAAACAGGCCGACGAGAAGCGGCAACGAAACGCCGGGGCCUCGGCACGGUUCAGGCAGAGGAAGAAAGAGAGGGAUCAGGAACAGAUUGCCAACUUGCAAAAGCUGGAGCAGAGGAGUCGCGACCUGGAGGUCAGACUCCGGGACAUGACCCAGGAGAGGGACUUUUACAGGGACGAACGGAACCGGCUGCGAGACGUGGUUCUGCGGACGCCGCUUAGCGAUAUGGCGAACGGGCCUCCGAGCCCAACGUUCUCGAGGAGCGGAGGGUCCAUGGCGGAGACUAGUCCGCUAACGCAAGCUCCCAUGCUACCCCAUCAGUCUCAGCAGCAUGGUUACGCAUCGAGCGAGGCGUCCUCGGUGGAACGACCGACCCGACGGCGACGAACCGAAUCGGCCCAGACGCCCGAGUUUUCGAUGCCGUCGUACGGCACUCCUGUUCCACAGGCGGGUAACCUGCCGCCCUUGCAGGCUCCGGCAUACGGUAUGAUGCAGCAGCGGCCCCCAUCGACGACACCGGGGGGAGAGAGGUUGCCCCCUCUUCGAGUAAUGGAAGGCUCGUACUCUGGACCGGAUGCAGGGCCGGGUGCGAGUGCCGGGGGUCCCUUGUACCCCAGUUACACCCGCGUUCCCCACGAGACGGGGUUUGCGAGCAGGAUCGCAGGCCCGCCGGGUCAUCACGGCCAUCAUGGUCACGACGGCGGGCCGCGGUAG